AUGUCACCUCAAACAGUGUUGAUGCCACAGUUCAAGCCGCAGGCACAUCCCAGAGAAGUCAUUUUCAUGAGCCUUCCGAGUGCUAUAAAUUCAAAUAUCGGCACAGUGCGGAAAAUUGCCGAUGGUGCAGACGAAGUUAUUCGUGGUCUACGAGCUCUUAAUUGCGAAGAGAGGGAUCCCUGGCUAAUUUUCAUUUUACUUUCAAAAUUAGAUAGCGAUACCCGCCAAGCCUGGGCUCAGUGCGCAGAAUCCGAGGAAAAAGGUGUGACCAUUACCCGAUUCCUGAAAUUUCUCACUUCACGCUGCGAUACGUUGGAGGCUUUUAACUUAACUCAAUCAACCCAAGCUCGACGCGCAGCUACCACGCACCACGCAGACACGCAUCCAAGACGGGAAGAGCCGAAGUGCACAUCGUGCCAGCAGAAUCACCAACUGUUUAAGUGUCCUCAAUUCAUCGCACUCGACAUUGCAUCUCGCCGAGACUUCCUCAAAUCAAGAAAGCUCUGUUUCAUUUGCCUCAGCCCGGCUCAUAUGGUGGGCAACUGUACAUUGAGGCAUACUUGUCGGAUCUGCCGCCGCAAGGAUCAUACUUUGGUUCAUGGCUCGUCGCAGCCAAUUCAAAAUGGCAACAACAUUGACACGGCAAGUAAUAUUCCGGCGGCUGGUUCUCAGACUCUGUUGCCAACCAUCCUUGCUGACGUCAUCGACGCCUGGGGAAAUACUACAACCUGCAGGCUGCUCCUGGACACUGGAUCUACAAUAACCUUGGCAUCGGAAUCAUUUGUUCAGCGAAUAGGCGUGCGUCGAACGCACGCACGGAUUUCUAUUCUCGGUCUCGCCGCCAACAGCGCGGGCGUUACCCGAGGACGCGCACAUAUCAAGCUGCGCUCUCGUCAUUCGGGCCAAACUGUCGAAUUGGUCUCGUUCAUUCUCAACUCGCUGACGUCAUCACUUCCUGCCCAAGUUAUUGACACCUCAUCCUCUACGUGGAGGCAAAUCUGCGAGCUUCCUUUGGCAGACCCAACGUUCUGCACACCUGGAGCAAUCGAUGUCAUUGUUGGAUCGGAUCAACUUUGGUCUCUAUACACAGGAGAUCGGAAACACUUUGGUAACGACUUUCCUAUCGCUCUCAAUACUGGAUUUGGUUGGAUUCUUGCAGGCUCUUACUCUGCAUUCAAUGAUUACCCUACUUCUGCGGUUACUCAUCACGCGGACCUAGACACGAUGGUUCGUUCAUUCAUGGAGAUGGACAGCACUCAGCCUAACCAGGCUCUCCUGGACGCCAGCGAUCCAACAGAGCGUCAUUUUGCUGCCACACACAAGCGCUCAACGGACGGGGUGUACGUCGUCGAGUAUCCCUUCAAGGAGAAGGCACCGCCUAUUGAUUCGACCUUGCCACAGGCCAUCAAUCGCUUCUUCUCGCUGGAACGCAAAUUUCGUCGGCAUCCAGAAUUGAAGCAGCAGUACGAAGCCUUCCUGGACGACUACAUGCAACGUGGACAUAUGGAACAACUGACCUCGGCUCAGGUUGAGGAAUACCCAGACACCUGCUUCUAUUUGCCGCACCACGCUGUCAUCAAACUGGACAGUCUGACUACCAAAUGUCGUGUAGUUUUUGAUGGAUCAGGAAAGGACAGCUCUGGAGUAUCGCUCAAUGACAGACUACAUAUUGGUCCACCGAUUCAACGCGAUCUUCUUGGCGUUUGUCUACGCUUCCGGCAGCACCAAUAUGUUUUAUGCGCAGAUGUUGAAAAGAUGUUUCGAGGCAUUAGAAUCUUUCAGCCACACACCAAUUUUCAGCGCAUUGUUUGGCGCAAGACUGAGAAUGAACCUCUGCUUCAAUUUCGCCUGCUGACGGGUACCUACGGAUUGGCACCGUCACCAUUUCUGGCUGUUCGAGUUCUAAAGCAACUUGCCGACGAUCAUGGCCAUGAAUACCCUGCAGCAGCUCACGCUCUUCUGCACGAUGCCUAUGUGGACGAUAUCCCUACAGGCGCCAACACACUCCAGGAGCUUAUGAUUCUCAAGGACGAGCUUAUAGCCCUCUUGGAUAAGGCAAAAUUCAAGCUACGCAAAUGGAGUUCUAAUAGUUGGCGUCUUCUGAAAUCAUUACCAGAGGAAGAUAGAUGUUCUGAACCUAUCCAGCUCCUCAACAAAUCAGCAGCGGAUUCACCUGUCAAAGUUCUUGGUAUCCAAUGGAACCCUGGGAAGGACGUUCUGUAUCUUAACCUAAAGGGAUGCGAUGCGACCAUUUCUCCGACGAAAAGAGAACUCUUGUCUCAGCUAUCAAGAAUUUAUGAUCCGCUUGGACUGGUAGCGCCGGUCACAGUUCUACUCAAGCUAAUCUUCCAAGAAAGCUGGACAAGUGUCCUGCAGUGGGACGACCCCAUUCCUGAAAGUCUACAUGUUCAACUACACGGAUUCGCCGACGCAUCCUCGCACGCCUACGGUGCGGUAGUUUACGCUCGAGUUGCAGUUGGAUGCAGCUUUCAAGUAACUCUAGUUGCCGCCAAAAAACGGGUGGCCCCGAUCAAGCCCGUAUCAAUUCCACGUUUGGAGCUAAACGCUGCCUGCUGGAACCAUGUUCGCACGGAAGACAAUCCUGCUGAUUGUGCUUCCCGAGGACUUCAUCCGUCAAAGCUUCUGGAGCAUCGACUGUGGUGGAAAGGUCCGUCCUGGCUGGCCACACCCACCUCUGAGUGGCCACCUUCUACAAGCAAGUUCAGCGUAUCUUCAAGUUUCGAUGUCAACACCGAAGAACGAGCCAUAAAGCCUACGACUCUACAUAACUUUCCUGAUGAAAGUAUACACGAGUUACUCAUCCACAAAUUCUCAACCUGGACGCGUCUUAUAAGGGUAUCUAGCUACUGUCAUCGCUUUAUUCACACUCUUCGAUCUCAUCAUAGGAAUUCGCCAACAUUCCUUACGUCUGAAGAGUUGCUGGACGCACAGCGCCGACUUAUUCGACAUGUGCAACAAAAAUCCUUUGCCAGAGAAUAUGCGCAGCUAGAGAAUCGACGCCAGCUUAACGCUAAAUCGCAUCUUAUCCGGUUUUCUCCGUUUCUGGAUGAUUAUGGAGUAAUGCGAGUUGGUGGGAGAAUCGAGCAAUCUACAUUCAAAUACAACGCCAAGCACCCGAUUCUGAUACCUAAAGAUACAGCACUAGCUGGACUGCUGGUUCGACAUUUUCAUGUCUCCUAUCUGCACACUGGAGUUGAUGCAACGUUCACCAAUCUUCGUCAGCAGUACUGGAUUCUGGGAGCCCGCAAUCUCGUCAGAAAGGCAGUCUUCCAAUGCAAAUCCUGUUUUCUUCAACGAAAGGGCACAAGCAACCAGAUCAUGGGAGAGCUACGAAUUCCUCGAGUUCAAGCUAGCCGCUGCUUUCAACACACAGGGCUGGACUACGCUGGACCGAUCGCAAUCAAGGAAUCAAAAGGAAGAACUCCACGCAUCGGAAAGGCAUGGUUUUCUAUUUUCGUGUGCCUCAUUACAAAGGCACUUCACAUCGAGGUUGUUAGUGAGCUAACUACACAGGCUUUCAUCGCAGCCUUUCAACGAUUCAUUGCCCGCCGAGCGAAGCCUACUGACCUGUAUCCGGACAACGGAACUACCUUUCAUGGAGGCAAGCGAACUUUGGAUGACAUGAGACGUCUGGCCAUUCAACAAGCCAAAGAUGAGGAACUAGCAGGAUUCUUUGCCAAUGAAGGGAUUUCUUGGCACUUUAUACCCCCGUCUGCUCCCCAUUUUGGAGGGAUGUGGGAAGCUGGAGUUCGCUCAAUUAAACUCCAUAUGAAACGGAUACUUGGAUCAAAGGCUUUAACGUUUGAGGAGCUCUCUACUGUCCUGAUCCAAAUUGAAGCUAUCCUGAAUUUACGCCCGCUGUGCCCAACUGGGGAUAAUUCUUUGGAUCCACUGACGCCUCAUUUUUUGACUGGAUCUCCGUAUACUGCAUUGCCUGAACCCUGUCGUCUGGAUAUGCAAGUCAAUCGAUUGGAGAGGUGGAACCAGCUGCAAGCCAUGGUUCAAGGCUUUUGGAAAAGGUGGCAUAUGGAAUACCUGACAUCUCUUCAUGAGCGGACAAAGUGGCAUCUGGAAACCGAGAAUCUGAAGAUCGACACACUGGUAGUACUCAAGGAGCCCAAUCUACCGCCCUCUAAAUGGAUUCUUGGCCGCAUCACCGCAGUGCACGCAGGAAUCGACGACAAGGUCCGAGUCGUUACUGUGAAGACUGCUCACGGAUUAUACAAACGCCCAAUUGCCAAAAUCGCUGUACUGCCUCUCUGCUGA